ACAGCUCCCAUCUCAAUUCCUACUCGGAUGCUACUUCUCCUACUCGUUUGCUUUGUGCUUCUUCAUGCUAUAGAAUUUCUUCUCAUUACUCCCUGCGCGUCGCGUCGCCCAUCUCUCUCUUAUCGCAUGCGGCAGUUCCACCGAUAUCAGUCCCAGUCCACGCGAUUGUGCAACCUGGACACCUUUCACCCUCGAUGAUACCCUCGUUGUACAGUUAACUACCUGCCUACACUCGCUACCAUGGUCGCCGAGCCUACUACAACCACGCAUAAGAAUACACGCAUCAUCUCCGUCGUCGCUGCGACUACAAUCGCUCUUGCAUGCGGUACAAAUUAUGCCUACUCAGCAUGGGCACCACAGUUUGCCGAUAAACUUCAGCUGUCUGCUACCCAGAGCAAUGUUAUCGGAACCGCAGCCAAUCUGGGAAUGUAUGCUUCCGGCAUACCCAUGGGCUUCAUAACGGACAGAAAGAGUCCACGUCUAGCUGCUCUCAUAGGCAUGUUUGCUUUGUUCGCGGGCUACUAUCCUAUCAAGCUUGCGUAUGAUGGAGGUCCUGGCUAUAUGAGCAUUACAUUAAUAUCUUUUUGUUCUUUCUUAAGCGGUGUAGGCAGCUGUGCUGCAUUUCAAGGGGCUUUGAAGACCGCAACCCUCAAUUGGCCAACACAUCGCGGGUCAGCGACAGCUUGUCCAUUAGCCGCAUUUGGACUGAGCGCUUUCUUCUACACUCUGAUAGCUGGCUUUGCGUUUCCUGGCAACACCUCCGGGUUGCUUAUGAUGCUCUCUUUGGCGACGUCUCUUCUUGUCCUUGUUUCGAUACCCUUCCUCGUCGUCGUCGAUCAUAAAAGCGGCACAGGCUAUGCAGUUCUUCCCACCAGUGAGCGUACUCGACGAGACUCCAAUCUCCUCCACCGCACAAAAUCCCCCCAACAACUGGAGAUCACAGACGAAGACGAGCAGGAUGACCCUUCUACCGAAACAUCAUCCCUGAUAUCUGGACCCGGGGAUAUCGUAGAUGACGACGAUGCCGCUAGCAAGAAGUCGACUCACUCACAUCGUACAGAUAUCACAGGACUGGCGUUGCUCCACAGGCCGGAGUUCUGGCAGCUUUGGGUUCUUAUGGGGUUAUUGACCGGUGUAGGACUGAUGACCAUCAAUAAUAUCGGCCAUGAUGUGCAAGCCCUGUGGAAUCAUUGGGACAACUCCGCGAGUAAGGAUUUUGUAGCACAUCGACAGCUAUGGCAUGUCUCCAUCAUCUCCAUCGGCUCCUUUUUCGGGCGUCUCUCCUCCGGCAUCGGCUCGGAUAUCAUCGUGAAACAACUGCACCACUCACGCUUCUGGUGUGCUGCCAUUUCAGCCACCAUCUUCGCAUUUGCCCAGUUUGCCGCUAUCCGUAUUGAGAAUCCCAACUUUCUGUGGGCCGUCUCUGGACUAUGUGGCCUUGCUUACGGCGUGCUAUUUGGCGUCCUCCCUGCACUCGUCGUUGAUGCUUUCGGCCCAGAUGGGUUUGCUGUCAACUGGGGAUUCAUGACCAUAGCCCCUGUCAUCAGCGGCAACAUCUACAACCUCUUCUACGGAGUCGUAUAUGACUCCAACUCUGUGGUGGAGCCCGACGGUCAACGAGGCUGUGAGCAAGGACUCAAGUGUUACCGGACAGCAUACUAUGUCACGCUUGUAUCGAGUGUUCUAGGUAUCUUUGCGUGUUUCUGGGGCAUAUAUGGAGAACACGCGCGGAAGAUUAGGGAGCAGGAAGAACACGAAAGGCAUCGAGAUGCCUGAUCUUUUUACCAAUUUUUACUUACCAAGAAACUUUAUACCGUUUAGAUCUAGAUUUGGGCUCGGCGUCACGGCCGCUUUUGGGUUGCUACCUGUACUGUUUAUAAUACCAUAGUUAGACGGCACGCAAGCUGUUUGCAGAUCGCAACGAUUUCCCUAUAGAUAGAUCGCGUUUUACCACUUGGCCCAAUUCACGAAGU